UGUGAAAUGUGGGAGAGUGAGAAACCCCGCUUUAAUUCAAAGGGACACUUGGCGACAGCGUGAGCCGACGCCGAGGUGGGCGCGUGAAGCUUUCUGCGAAACCAAACACGACGAACGCACAAAAUCGAAAGAGAGAAUUUCAUAGAAAUUUGUUUUGCAGAUCGAAACGUCACUCACUCACUUCUUCUCCAAAUCGAUACUCUGAAAUCUACUCGUGCCAAUUACAGAUACGAUUUCCGUUUCUGUAUCUCAAUCGAUUCCCAGCUUCUCUUCCCAUUUGAAUUUCGGCUUCACUCUCUUCUCUGCUGCUUUCGCUUUGGCCUUCCGUUUCUCAGAGUUCUUGCUUGAGAAAGUUCCGACGUUUGAGCUUCAUUUUGGCUCCAUAGGUCGUGUAGUUUGUAUCCAAUCCUCGGCCCUUAGGGUUUUGCCGGCUUCUUUGUUCCGCGCAAAAACCCUAGUUUUCUCAGUUUCGUUUUGUCUGAAAUGGUUUUCAUUUGAUGAGAUGCGAUGUCGUAGGGGUUUUGAUUUCAUCUCCGUGGCUACUAAUGGGUGCCCGAACCAGCAACCGUAAGCGCGACGACGAGUGUUUGAGCCUCAAUCGUUCGUAUUGGUCUUUGAGAUCACCGGAUUUUCACGUAUCGAAGAAACCUAAAUUUUCUACUAUGCCUUCGGAUCGGCCAGUUGUCUCAUCGAACUCUACGGUGGCGAGGCUCUCCCGGUACCCCGAGGAGACGUCGCAAUUGCGUCGAGAAGUCCAUGGCCCUUGCAGAAUACUCAAAUUUGGGCUCUCGAAGAGCUUGUAUAGGUUUUGGGAGUCAAAAAAUGGCGACCGUUUGGAACAGGACGAGGCUGGAGAUGACGUCGGGAAUAUCUUGUCGUACAAUUACCGGAUUGCCAAGAGUCGUGCAAUUGCUGCUUUGCGGUGCUUAUCGAAGGAUAAGGAGGUCAUUGAUUUGGAUUCAGACACGCAAACUGAAAGAGGUGCUUCUGAAGAUUCGAAGACUGAGGAGGAAGUAGAGGUAAUUGAAGUUGACAAGCAAGAUGGGAGGUCAAUGUUUUCGGACCAGAGGCCUCUAGUGCAGGAAUUGGACGUGAAGAUGUUGGAUGUUCAUCAGCCAUCGUCGUCUUACGAUGUUAUAGAUUUGAAGAACGACAGUUCGAAGAUGGAGAACGCUGAGAAAAUGCUUGGGGCUUUGUCACUGGAACGGGACAUGUCCAGCGUUUCUGCGUACAAGAAAUUGCUGCAGAGUGUGGAAAAGCGGACAUCGAGGUUGAGAAGCUUGGAUUUCGAAAUCAAGCUGAAUGAGAAGCGUCGGUUACUGCUUCAAUCGCAAACACCAAAGAAGAAGCCCCUCGAUGAGAUUCCACCGGAUCUUUUUACUCCUCUUACAAAGGAAGAGGAGGCUGAGGUUGAACGUGCAUUCUCUACUAACCGGAGGAAGGUUUUGGUCGCUCAUGAGAAUUCAAAUAUUGAGAUUAGUGGGCAAACUUUGCAGUGUCUGAGACCAGGUGCCUGGUUAAACGAUGAGGUGAUUAAUUUGUAUCUUGAGUUGCUGAAAGAAAGGGAAAGAAGGGAGCCAGAGAAGUAUUUGAAAUGCCAUUUCUUUAAUACCUUUUUCUAUAAAAAGUUGAUAAAUGGAAGGAAUGGCUAUGAUUACAAAUCUGUUAGAAGAUGGACCAGCCAAAAGAAGUUGAGAUAUGAACUCAUCGAUUGUGAUAAAAUAUUUGUUCCCAUCCAUAGAGAAGUACACUGGUGCCUAGCAGUAAUCAACAAGAAGGAGAAGAAGUUUCAGUAUCUUGAUUCUCUCAGGGGAAUGGAUUCUCAUGUUUUAAAAAUAUUGGCGAGAUAUUUUGUAGAUGAGGUGAAGGACAAGAGUGGAAAAGAUAUUGAUAUCAGUUCUUGGACACAAGAAUUUGUCGAAGACCUUCCUGAGCAAGAAAAUGGGUUUGACUGUGGCAUGUUUAUGAUCAAAUAUGCUGAUUUUUAUAGCAGAGGUUUGAAUCUCUGUUUCAAGCAGGGACAUAUGCCUUAUUUCCGACUUAGAACAGCAAAGGAAAUUUUGAAAUUGAGAGCUGACUGAUUACAUACAUAAAAGUAGACCUCAACCAUACCCAUAAUUGCUAAAAAAGUUUCUUCACAUUGCCAUAUGGAUCAGAUAUUCUUCUGCAGUUAGCGAGUUUAGAAACCUUCAAAGCAAAUUCUGGUGGGCAGGGACCCAGUAAUUUGCCCAACCACUUUAUAUUGAUAUGGUAAGUGAAGAAAAUUCAUCUCGUCCGAAUCCAUCCCGAACAUAGUUUAAAUGUAUUCGAAUUAUUUAAUCUUUUUUUCUUUUUCAUGUAUUAAGUUUUUUUAUGUCUGUAAGAUUAGAGAGUGACCUUAGACAGCUACGGCAGCCAACUUUGCAAGGUUGUUUCUUAGUGCUUGGUCGUAAGACUAAGUCGUUUUGGUUUUUUUUUUUUUUUUUCCCUUUUUAGCUUCAGCUUUAGGUUAGAGUCCACGAAUGUGCCAGGUCUGCACAGUGAUGAGGAAUAAUGCAGCUUUGACUUUUGAUGCACAUUACACCAAAGUUUAGGCUUAGGCUUUUAUAUUUUUUCUAUAUUGUUUGAACGAAACAUGCAGCUCUGUUUCGGAGGAUAAAUUUUCGCUAAUCAUAAAUUGUUGCAUAGUGGUUUUUAAA